GCCAUGUGUGUUUGACGUCAGGACUUAGGAGGGGCGCCUUCUGAAGGUUGCUGUUCGCGGUGCUGAAUCUGGUCGCGACUGCGGGGAAGUGGCGGACCAGAGAAAAAGCCCCCAAAUCUUCUCAGAUUCACUUUCAAUCGCUGGCAUCAAGAAAUGUUUUAAAAUCCUCUUUCCAAAACUGACACUAUGACAUUUUAGCAAAGGUGUACCAUGGAUUGGUAACAAUAAUGGAUUCGCCGUGUUCCAUCAUUUUCGCCGUUUUGGCUUUUUGCCUGACUCUUCCAACUACCUACGCUGACAACAAAUUUGGUUGCCUGUUCGAGGAUGAACUCUGCACACCUUAUGAGUUCUGCGCAAAUGACAGAGUGUUUGGAAGGUGUCUGGAUUUGCCCGGGUCGGACCUGUACACCUAUGACGUGACAGCCUCCACUCAGCAGCGCCUAAGGAAUCUCCUCCAGAAACUGUCCCAGCGAGGGUUGACCUGGCAAGAUGACGCCACCCAGCAGGCCAUCUCCAGAGAGCUGUCCAAGCUACGCAAGGUUUCCAUCCGAAGGCCCGGUCCCCCCUUCGCAUCCAUUACACACCACGGCGGAGACAGGAAACUCAAGCCUGGAGAGGCCGUGCUUAGCAGGAGAGUACAGAAGUACCUGCAAGAGCUUGGUUUCCAUCAUCAGACAUUUGGCGCAGCGCGCCCCGGGACUCAGCAAGAGAGGCUCCUUACUAAGAAUCAAGACUUCCAGACCAAGAAUGGCAAGACGCCAUUCUACAGCCUGCAGUCUGUACGACCGCCCAAAGAUAAGCUCUUCACCAGCGGGGCCGUUGGGAGUUGGAGACCCCCAGUGGAGACAGCCUGGUCCAGCCAGGAGCCAGAGAAUGCCAAGGGGAGCACCAAGGGGCUGGCAGCCCAGCUAGAGCACUACCUGGCUGGGGCCACACACACCCAAAGCCACCCACUACCAGGGGCUGUGGUGGGAUCAUUGGUGGGUCCCAAGGGGAAGCUCCACUAUGUCAGCUACGUCAGCCCUCUGCCUCCCGGUGGUCAGGGAAAAGCCCAGGCGCAGCUUGAUGACAGCGGUUCAAAACCGCCACGGCCCAACCUAGACAGGCUUCUCUUCAAGGCUGCGUCCAACCAUCCGGUGCCCAAGAAGCCCCUCAGUACGGUAGAUGAGCGAUUCAUCGAGAAUGUGGUCAACCAGCUCGGGAGGCAGAGAGUUAAUGUGGAUGGUCUGAUGGGUAAAGACCUGGACCAGCUAGCGGGCAUCAUCUCUGAGGCCCUACAGGUGGUGGAUGGGGAGGGGCCCAGGGCCAAAGCCAAGCCCAGGCUCAGGGGCCUCAUCCGGGAGAGGCAGAUGAAGAGAGUUCCCCUACCUUCCAACUACCAGGAGGACCAAGACAUGAUGGGGCAAGACGCAACAGUUCAAACUAAAGUUAAUGGUCAACAAAUGAAGGAUGCAGACUCUGAGCAAGAUAACAAGGACCCAGUUUUCAUCAAUAAGCUGUUGGAGUACCUCAACAUGGACCCGUUCAGUGAUUCCCCAGACGGCAAGAUGGAUAUCGGUGGUUCUACUGGCAACCACUCACAAGACAACCAGAGAACAGUGGGUCUGGAAGACACGAGGAGCAGGACCAGCCAGGGCCAGAUGCCUGGACCACAUCUGUGGGAGGAGAGGAACGUGGCCAUGGAAGCAGCGGACGGAGCUCCUGACCGGCCUAAUGACGUAGCCCCUGACCGACCAAUUGAUCUCCGGGGUUCUGAAUUCCUGUUGGAUGCUGAGCUGGAGAGGUGGAUACACGGUACUGAAGCUCCUCCUCCAGAGACUGAGUCACACCCCCUGGGAGAUGAACCACAGAAGAAUCACCUAGCAGAAACACAGAAGGAAAUGCAACUCCAGGAGGAGGAGCUGGUGCACAGGGGGGUCAAAGCUUACUCUAAGUCACCACGUGGGAAAGAGCGAUCCAAAGACUUUGGCUACAUCAUUACAGACACGGACUCCCUGACCUCAGACCAGGGCUUGGACUUGAUGGAACGUCUGGGCCGGAGGGUCGACCUCCACGCUGCCAACUUUCUCCACCUCUCUGUGCUUGGCCCGGCUGUGACCUUCAGGGUGGAUUCCAACCCUAACAAUGUCAGUACUGCGGAGCUGGCCAGAAUUGCAGUUCAACAGAAGAAGCAGCUGGAGAAGGAGACUGGUGUGAAGAUAUUGGAGGCUGGAGUCAGUGAUAAGGACCGCUUGAAGCAGAUCCCAGUGGUCAAGGAGAAUCGCCUGGAGUCUGGGCAGUUCCUAGUGUUGACCGUCAUCUCCGUGGCCCUGAUCAUGGGUGCGCUGGCAGCGUCUGGCUCGCUCCUCUGCCUGCGUCAUCGCUCCGAGCUUCAGCUGAAGGAGAAACUAGCCAAUCUGGGGACCGACACCAGCACUGACGCAACCGCAACCUAUCAGGAAUUGUGUCGACAGCGUAUGGCAGUGCGGACAUCGGAGCGCGCGGAGCGGCCGGAACCUCUGCGACGCCACUCACGGCUGAACAGCUCAUCGUCUCAGUUCAGCGACGGGGGGCCCGUGGCCAGCCCCUCUGCCCGCAGCUCUGCCUCCUCCUGGUGUGAGGAGCCGGUCCCCUCCAACAUGGACAUCUCCACCGGUCACAUGAUCCUGUCGUACAUGGAGGACCACUUGAAGAACAAGAACCGUCUGGAGAGGGAGUGGGAGGCGAUGUGUGGCUACUUGGCUGAGCCUGGCGCAUGUGACGUGGGCCAGGGCGAACACAACACCAAGAAGAACCGCUCAGACUCCGUGGUCGUCUAUGAUCAUUCCAGAAUAACCUUGAAGGUGGAGAAUAACCAUAGCAAUUCCGAUUACAUCAAUGCCAGCCCAAUUAUGGACCAUGACCCACGGAACCCCAUGUACAUCUCCUCACAAGGCCCUCUGCCCUCAACCACGGCUGACUUCUGGCAGAUGGUGUGGGAGAGUGGCUGUGUGGUCAUCGUCAUGCUAACGCCCCUGGCUGAAAACGGAGUCAAACAGUGUCAGCAAUACUGGCCGGAUGAGGGCUCAAAUGUUUACCAUGUUUAUGAGGUGAACCUGGUGUCAGAACACAUCUGGUCUGAGGACUUCCUGGUCAGGAGCUUCUAUCUGAAGAACCUGCAGACCAAUGAGACGCGCACUGUCACACAGUUUCACUUCCUGUCUUGGAUGGACCGUAGCGUCCCCGACUCUGCCAGGACCCUGCUGGACUUUCGCAGAAAGGUUAACAAGUGCUACCGGGGUCGGUCUUGUCCCAUAAUUGUCCAUUGCAGUGACGGGGCUGGCAGAAGCGGGACGUACAUUCUGAUUGACAUGGUCCUCAAUAGGAUGGCUAAAGGUGCUAAAGAGAUUGAUAUUGCUGCUACCCUGGAGCACUUGAGAGACCAAAGACCCGGCAUGGUCCAGACAAAGGAGCAGUUCGAGUUUGCGCUCACAGCCGUGGCGGAGGAAGUGAACGCCAUCCUGAAAGCCCUUCCGCAGUGACGCUCGACACCGCCUCGCCGUCCGGACGCACGUCCCCCCCGCCCCGCCCACCCUGUAUUGGCAUCUUGUUUGUGUUCCAAAUGAUGAGCGAAAGUUGUGCCAUUUGGGACGCACUACGAUCCUGCUCUCCUUGUGGCAGUAUGUCUUUUGGUACAGUUCUGAAUGUUGAGCCGGGCCCUGGACUUUGAUGUGUUCCGUUUGCAGUCGUUAUCGUACUGCAUUCUCCCUUCCCCACUCUCGUUCUCUCUCUGUGUUCUAAAUUAUCUACUGUGUUAAAAAUCAGGUAACUUGGUUAUUGAUGUGACAAAUAUGAUAUUGUAUUCAAGGCCUCGAAUAUCUUUUGUCCUGUUUGUAGAGAUGUUUUAGAGAAUGACGUAGAAGCAGUGUUUACUAUCCAACUUUGGGACCAUUUACAGCAGAUCCGAAAGUAAUUCGGGUUGGUAUAAGUACCUUAUUACUUUCACCAUCCAGUUAUUUUAUGUGAUUACUAUUGGGUAGGCAUUUCGUGCUUUAUUAGACAGGAAAGUGGUAAAAGAGGGGAGUUAUUUUUUAAAAGAGCGGUAGGCCGGACUUGAACUGGCGCUGCAGCAGAUCAUGUGCACUGGAUGCAACAGCUUAGACAGGUGGACCCCGCUAGGCCACUGGAUGUUUGGACAGGGUGUGAGAGGUUUCGGGACGGAUUCAUCCUUAUCAUAGGAGUCCAGCGUUACGGCGCCAUUAGAAAUUUAAAGACAGCAUUUCCGACAUCAGGAGAAACCGAGCUUAAUCUGAAAUGGCUUUUCCAAUUCAGUCCUGCUAUAGCGCAGUGCAGAUUGAAUGGUGACCUUAGUUUUCUCUUGUGCAGGGCUUGUUACAGGCGGCUGUACGGUUUAAGUACUCUGUUUUGUAUAUGAACGUAAUAUCAAGAAUAUUUGGGGAAAUACAGUGCAUACAAAUAUAUUGAGCAAUAUACAGAUAUUAACAAUAUGACAUGAUUAAACUCAUUUAUAUUGCCAUUGUUAAUAUAUCUGUUUAGUUCUUUAAAUUUUACAGAAUAUUGUGACUCAUGUGCAAGUAACUAAAGUCCAUAUAUAUAACAUAGGGAUCUCUGUAGUGCUGUUAAAAUGUUUACUGAGCUCUUUAAUGAAAAGCUUAUUAUAUUUUGUGUUGAAAUCUAAAUUCUAUCAGAUUAUUAAUAAACAGU